AUGCCGCUCCUCGCCCUCCCCAACGAGCUUCUCUACCAAAUUACCUCCUACCUUCCCCUCUCCUCCCACACCGCCCUUCAACGCACAAACCACGCCCUCCACAACCGCCUCUCUGGCUUGACACUCGACCGCUUCAUCACCGCUACGCGCCGCUACCCGCGCGGCCUCUCCGCACCCCACUACGGGGCGGAAAAAAACAAUAUCCCCCUCCUCGCCACCGCCCUCAAGAAGGGCCUCCUCAUCGCCCCGGACCCCGCAAACGUCGAGACGCCGCUGCACCUCGCCGCGUUCCAGGGCCAUGUCGACGCCGUGCGUGUCCUGCUCGACUAUGGGGUCGAGGUUGACCCCCAGGACUCCAAGCGCGGACGCACCCCGCUACAUCUGGCGGUACAGAGAGCGCAUCUACCGGUUAUAAGGAUGCUGCUGGAGCGCGGGGCGAGCGUGAAGGUGGUGGACAGCGCGGGGAGGGGCGCGAUGGGCUUCUGGCUGACGAUUGAUACGUCAUUUUGGAGGGUGACGUGCACGCAGACGGCGGAGGUGUUUGUGGCGCUGCUGGAGCGGGGAGCGAAGGUUGAUGGUGCUGGGGGCGGUGUUGGGACGGCGAAUCUGGGGGUUGCGGUGAGGUAUCGUGUGAUGACCGUGAAGAGGGAGGUGUUGCAGCUGUUGAAAGAGAGGAGGGGACAGCGGGGUAUAGACGCUGUGGUGAAGAUGUUGCAGAAAAAGUGGAUCAUAACGGCGAGCGAGUUUGAGUCUUAUGAGACACUGGGGGAGGUGAUUUUUGAGCGGAUACCGAUAGCGGUACAGAGGGCCGAGUUAAAUGGCGGGCCGCUGCCUAAGAUUAAGAAGAAGGAGUUGUAUGUUGGGCCGAUGUCAACAGCGGCGCAGGUGGCCGAGUCAGAUGGUGGGCCGCUGCCUAAGCUUAAGAAGAAGGGGGCCUGGGGCCUGAAGGUUGGCUCCAUCGGCAAGGGGAUCAUGGCCCGCAAGGAGAGGCCUGGGCCAGGGCCUGGACCCAGCCCCCGAAAACUCAAGGUUGCAAUCCGUGUCAACGGGAAGGGCGUAAGGCUGUUUAAACGCACUGAUCCGCCAAAAAGGUCACGGGGAGGUUGA